AUGAUACUAGUGGAUGAGGUGCGGCGAAAACAGUUGCUCGAUCAUCUUGCUGAUCAUUUAGUGUGUUCGAAGCGAACCAGUGGUGGAUCCACAGCUAAUGCUAUUACUGCUACUGCACAAUUUGGCGGCAAAACAUUUUACACCUGUAAAGUUGGAGAUGAUGACAACGGUCGAUUCUAUUUACACGAUCUAUGUACAGCAGGUGUCGAUUGUCAAAUUGAUCAGCGCCACAAUGAAGGUAUCACUGGUACUUGCUUGGUGAUGAUCACUCCGGAUGCUGAACGCACAUUAAAUACGUUUCUUGGUGUCAACACGACACUAUCAGAACAUGAUAUUGUACCGCAAGCUAUUACCGCUUCUGAUUACGUCUACUUUGAAGCCUAUAUGGUGAUGUCACCAAGCAGUCGUGCAGCUGCCGUUCGUAUACGUGAAAUCGCCGAACAGAACGGGAUCAAAACUGCAGCUAGCCUUUCGGAUUCAGGUGUCGUGUCAGAUUUUCGUGAUGAUUUACGUGAGAUGUUCGGCAAACAUAUGGAUUUAUUAUUCUGCAAUCGGGCUGAAGCACUGACUUGGGCACAAACCAACAAUCUAGAAAUUGCCAUCGAUAGUUUGAAAAAGUUUUCUCGGACAUUUGUUAUUACACUGGGUGCUGAAGGCGCACUAGUCUACGACGGCACACAACUGCACACUAUUGCACCCUACAGAGUACAAGCAGUAGAUACUAGUGGCGCGGGUGAUAUGUUUGCCGGUGCAUUUUUAUUCGCUAUUACUCAAGGAAAAGAUUUUCCGACAGCAGGAAAAUUCGCAAGUUUCGCUGCAGCAGCUGUUGUUUCGGAUUAUGGACCACGUUUGAGUGCAACGAAACAACAACAGAUUUUGGUACAAUGGAAAAGCAUAGAGCAAAAUUUAUGA